AUUUAUUUAUUUAUUACCCCCACUAAAUCAAGUUAGCACCCUUUACGCUCGUAUUCUCCCUUUCUUUGUCUUUAUCCAAAUGAAAUUAAGAAUCAAAUCAAAUCCAAUUUGAAAUUAUAGGGUUUUUCUCAAGAGGAAAAUAGUGUAGAAAACCCAAUUUUGUGGCGAAAGGCCGGGUGUAUAAGCCUAGGGUUUUUGAGUUGACAGAUCUGUGUGGCUGAGUCUAAAAGUGAAUCAUAAUCCUCAGGAUUCACCAUGUUUUGGCACAUGGGCCUCCCCACUGCAUCACCAGGUACGGGAACAUGGUUAAAAACAGUCCAAAUUUCGGCUACGGGUGGAGACCAUUUUAGACAAAGAAAAUUUUACACUGGAGGAACUUCUGGAUGAGGAUGAGAUAAUUCAAGAAUGUAAAUAUGUUAAUGGCCGUCUUAUUAAUUUUUUGCAGGAAAGAGCUCAAAUUGAGCAACUAAUUAGAUACAUAGUGGAAGAAGCUCCAGAGGAUGCUGAGAGACUACGCUCGUUGAAGUUUCCUUUCAUUGCUUGUGAGAUUUUCACUUGUGAGGUUGAUAUAAUACUCAAAGCUUUGAUAGAGGACGAGGAUUUGAUGGACCUGCUUUUCUCAUUUUUGGAUCCUGAACGCCCCCAUAGCACACAGUUAGCUGGCUACUUCGGCAAGGUGGUUGUGUGUCUCUUGUUGCGGAAGACAAUUCCUCUAGUGAAUUACAUACAGGCUCAUCAAGAUAUUAUCAGGAAGCUUGUCGAUCUCCUCAGAAUUACAUCUAUUAUGGAGGUUUUAAUUCGUUUGAUUGGUACUGAUGAACAUAUACCUGGAAACUCUGUGGACUCAAUGCAGUGGUUGGAAGAUGUGAACGUGCUGGAAAUGAUUCUUGAUAAGUUCAGCUCAUCGGACUGCCCAAAAGUGCAUGCUAAUGCUGCAGAAACUCUGUGUUCAAUAACUCGGUAUGCUCCCCCGGGGCUAGCUUCAAAAAUCUCCAGCCCAAGUUUUAUAGGAAGAUUGUUUCGUCAUGCUUUGGAGGACUCACGACCAAAAUCUGUAUUGGUUAAUGUGUUGUCCAUUUGCAUAUCUUUGUUAGACCCCAAGAGGCUAACUUCAGUGACUUAUUAUAUGUACAACCGCCAACUGGCUUAUGGAUCAGGAAUCACUGCCAAACCUGAGACGGUAGGAGCCAUGCUGGAGAGACUAGGUGAUCUCCUCAAGCUUUUGGAUCUUUCAUCUGACCAUGUCUUGCUGACUACUUAUGGCAAGUUGCAGCCUCCUCUUGGAAUGCAUCGUUUGAAGAUUAUAGAGUUCAUUUCAGUCUUAGUGACUGCUAGUAGUGAAGUUGCAGAAAAGGAAAUGAUUCGAUUGGGUGCUGUAAAACGUAUUUUAGAAUUCCUUUUUGGGUAUCCGUACAACAAUUUCUUACAUCAUCAUGUAGAACAAAUGGUACUUUCUUGCUUGGAGAGCAAGAAUGCUGAGUUUGUUGAACAUCUACUUCAUGAUUGUAAUCUUACUGGCAAGAUUCUUGAAGCAGAAAAGAACUUCACAUUGUCUGUUGAUAUAAACAGGCCGACUGUCACUGCCGAGGGCAAAUUGCCUCCCAGGAUAGGGAAUAUUGGACAUUUAACUCGUAUUGCUAACAAACUUAUUCAAUUGGGGAAUGACAACAAAGAUGUACAGACAAUUGUGCAGGAAAAUGGCGAGUGGGUUGAAUGGCAGACAAAUAUUCUCCUUAAGCGCAAUUUGGUGGAGAAUGUCUUCCAAUGGGCAUGUGGGAGGCCGACUUCCCUACAGGAUCGGACAAGGGAUAGUGAUGAUGAUGAUUACCAAGAUAGAGAUUAUGAUGUUGCAGCUUUGGCUAAUAACUUGAGCCAGGCCUUUCAAUAUGGAAUCUAUAGCGCUGAAGAUAUUGAACAGGCUCAUUGCUCUCUAGAACGGGAUGAUGAGGAUAUGUACUUCGAUGAUGAAUCUGCAGAAGUUGUCAUUUCUUCCCUUCGUUUAGGAGAUGACCAGGAAAGUGGUUCUCUUUUCACGAACUCCAAUUGGUUUGCACUUGAGGAUGACAGAACAGUUAAUGAACCGUCAACUGAUUUAGUUGCUUCCGCAUCCCCUAACAUUGAGACAACUGAAAUUGUCAAUGGAGAAGCUGCAGUUGAUGCCAUUAUCAAUGAAGACAAGGAUUUAACAGACACUGCAUCAUCUGAAGCUCAUGAACCAAAAGGGAGUUUAGAUGAUCCUGUGGCUUGCAGUUCGUCGGGUUUAAAUGAAGUUGGAACAGAGGGGCAUGAGAAAUCACAAAUAUCAGAUGAAAGAAUAAAAAUAUCAGAUUCAGCCAAGUUGUCUUCAAUCUUGAAUUCUGCUGAAACAUCUAAUGCAGCUCAGCCACCAUCUCUACCAGAUCGUGAUGUUCAAGUGGAAUCAGAAGCUCGGCCAGAUGAUGUUGGCCAGAAUGCUGGAGACACUUCCUCCGCCUCUGUUGAUAUGCCAGCACAUAGUUUGGAGUCACUUAAUCUAACAGAGAGAGAAUCUGGGACAACUCCUUCACAUGCAGAAGGUGAAGGGGCCUCAAACAUUGUAAAGACAGAUUCUCUUGCUGGAACAGAUGGCUCGUCUAGACCUCCUGAACAUGAAGAAUAGAAGAAAUGAUCAAGGGAGUAAAAUGUAAUUUGCGUCUAGUGCUGUCAAGAAGAACUAAGCACUUGUAGCCUUGACUAGGGUGAAGAACAAGGAAUUCUGCUGCUUACUGACUGGUAACCACGUGCUGUCAUCUCAUUUGAUGGCUAACAGAUUCUAGUAGGUACUUGGCUCCAAGCUUCCUCAAAUUAUCUAUGUAUUUUAGAUUUAGAUUUGUCGAGUUGGUUUUGCGAAAUUGUUACGAAACUGACAGAUACACAGUUGCUCUCUGUAUAAAAGAGAGAUUCAAUUUAAACGCACAAAUCCUCUCUAAACUAAUUGCUUAAUAAGAUAUAAGCUAGCAAAAGUACAGAUAAUGUUCCCACAAAAAUACCUUUGAAUAUAUUCAUUAUAUUUUAGUCU